ACUAGUGUGCGCUGGUGUCUUCUUUGCCCCCAUCGUUUCCCUCCUCUGCUUAGUUGUUGUUUUUGUUGUAGAUGUGUGAGGGAAUGAUGGUUAGAAGUGAUAUAUGGUGUCUAAUGUUUAUCUGAUGAUGGCCUACAAUGUUCCAAUUCCCCCACUUUUGAUAUAAUAUCGAGAAGCAACCGCCCAAUAGUGGAAGACUAUGUCUCUUCUCUGCGUCACGGUGAAGAGGGCAAACUACGUUGGAAUCCAAGACCAGAUCACCAGCUACGUCUCACUCAAGCUCCAGAAUGUCAAGUCCACGACGGUGUGCGUCAAGGGCAACGAACCUCGCUGGGAGCAAGACUUCCUCUUCGAAACGAACCGCCUUGACACGGGGCUGCUGCUGGAGGUGUGGGAGAAGGGACUUAUCUGGGACAAAGCUAUUGGCUGCCACUGGAUCCCUCUCACUGAUGUCCAGUACUCCAAUGAGAGCGGUGAAGGCACGUCGCUUCGUCUGGACGCCAACGUCGUCCACGAGGACGGCGAGGUUAGAGGGACGAGCGCCCCCACCGCCCACACCCUCGUCGUCGACUGCCGCUUCGAGCUGCCCUGGGACUUGGAGGAGUCGGAAGCGAACGACCUGAAGCAGCGCCUCGACGCUCUCAACCAUAUCAUGGAGCAGGACUUUUCUCCGCCCUCAGCCGCCUUCAUGCCAUCCGACCUCUCGCAAACUUACCUCAUCGACGACGGUCUCAGCAACUCCGCUCCUCUUGUCUCUCGGGUAUCAGAAGACAGCGACUACACGAGCGACGUGAACUACCCCGUAGGCCAGCACCCGAACUCUUCAGCCUCGCACUUCUUGUCCACCGUCCAUCAGACGUCCACUCCGCAGCUGUCGCUGACGUCCAGUAGAGAGAACUCCUACGAAGACGCCCAGAUCGACCAGUCCAUUGAGUCGUACAACGAAUGCUACAACGAUUACGACAUGUCGCAGAACAACGAUUACGACAUGUCACAGCAGGAGCUGUACUACGACGCGGACGACGCUUUCGAAGGCGCCUACAGCGACUAUCCCGAGGGGGACUAUGAGUACGAGGACUCGGAGACGGUGCUCGAUGGUGACGUCAUGGAGACGUACGAGGAGGGCGACAUGUCCUACAACAGCCGCCCCAACAACCGCAAGGACUACAGAUACCCGGUGGAGGACUGGGACAAUCCUUACAUCAGCCCCAGCGACCAGGUGCCACCCUACAACGACGUGCUUCUGGGCGACGAAGCAGAGGACGACGUCGACGACCUGCCUCUAGAAGACGAUUUCGUGGACGACGUCGUGGACGACGUGAGAGACGCGUCGUCUCAUGCCAACGGAAGAGGAAAACUUGCUCGUGACACCCCUCGCGGCCGCAGCCUCAGAGUCUGUCAGAGUCUGCAUCUGCACGCAGAGUCUGUCAGAGUCUGCAUCUGCACGCAGAGUCUGUCAGAGUCUGCAUCUGCACGCAGAGUCUAUCAGAGUCUGCAUCUGCACGCAGAGUCUGCAUCUGCACGCAGAGUCUGCAUCUGCGCGCAGAGUCUGUCAGAAGACGCCAAGGUCACCAUGAACGGUGAGGUGCUCAAGGCUGACACCGGCGAUACCUUCGACUUCGGUGGCGUCGAACACUCGUACGGCGAGUACAACGAUGAGGGAUACCAGAACGACAAGCAUCAUGAUGAGUACCAUAGACAGCAAGGUGACUACGAGCAACAAGACGACUACGAGCAGCAAGGUGACUACGACCAGCAGGAUGAUUACAAACAGCAAGGUGAUUACAAACAGCAAGGUGACUACGAGCACCAGGAUGAUUACAAACAGCAAGGUGAUUACAAACAGCAAGACGAUUACAAGCAGCAAGAAAACUACGAUCAAUAUUAUAAUUACGAUUACCAGUCUGAAAAGUACAAUGAAACGAACCAAGAAGAUUAUGAAGGCUGGUAUGAUGAUUGCGAAAAAAAUUUCGGAUACUAUGACGAAGCCGGGAACUAUAUUUACUACGAAGAUGCUAGCUACCAGUACAGCAGUGAAGAAUUGAGUGCUGCUGGCGACGGUGCUGGCAAAGAUGCGUACGAGGCAACUCCUCUCAUCACGUCCAUCGUCACAACAACAAAAUCAACUGUGACGACCACAACUGCGGCUUCCUCCGCAGCUACUUCAGCAACCGCUGCAGCUUCAAAACUCCUGAGUUUCGGCAGCCAAGUGACGUCGUCUUUCAAAGCCCCCCAGUUAACGUCACAGGCCAAGCCAGAGAGUGGGACCACUGCUGCCGGACUCUUCAACAAACUAUCAACUUCGCAAAUGAUCCCCAAACUCGGCGCAAAAGUGAGCACAGCUUCGUCGACGUCAGGUUCUCAGCAGUCCAACAAGUUCUUCUCUGGUCUUCCUUCCAUUGCCAAACCGAACCUGUCGACGACCUUCCCGAAGCCUUCCAUUUUCUCGAGCCAACCGAAAACACCACAGCAGCUGCAAGAAGAACAGGAGAAGAAAGCCGAGCAGGAAAGAGUUCAGCGCGAGAAAAAGAUGCUCGAAGAGCAGAAAGCGCUUGAGAAAAAACGCAGGGAGGAAGAAGAAAAGCAGCUAAAGUUGCAGCAGGAGCAAAUGAAACGAGAAGAGAAAUUAUUACAAGAGCAGCAAAAGAAAGAGCAGCAGCUGAUAGAACAACGUCAGCGUGAAUUGGAGCAGCAGCAGAAGCAGCAGCAGAUGGAGCUCGACGCGCAGUACAACGUUCAGUACCAAGGACAGCCGACGUGGCCAGAAGGAUAUUUCCUGGACGAACACGGCUACAUGUACGACGAGUACGGCAACCCUCUGACCGAAGAGCAGCAGUACGCUGUCAUGCAGCAGGCUCAGCAGACGCUUGCGUUCUCCGAGGAGGAGGAGGAAAAAUACCUCAGAGAACAGGAGGAAUUGUUGCGGCGACAGCAGCAAGAGCUCGAAGCGGCAGCCUCGAUGUCGUCUGAACUGGAAUCCAAACUCGGUUCUGACGUUGCCCAACAGCAACAUCAGCAGGAGAAAGAGCGGCUAGAAGAGCAACAUGCUCAGGAACAGUUUCAGUUGCAACAGCAACAAUCGCAAGAGCAGCAGUUGGAACAACAACAGCAGUUGCAGUUGCAUCUGCAUCAACAACAGCAACAGCAUCAGCAGGAGUUGGAACAGCAGCAGAAAGCAGCACAAGCUGCUGCCUCCAAAGCCCAGCCCACCAGAAGCAGCUUUGGCCUCUUCGGCGGAGGCAGCGGCAAGCCCGGUAAAAGCGGCGGCCUCUUCGGUGGCUUGUCGGGCCUGACGUCUAAAGUGAGUGACACUCUGAACACGGCAGUGAAGGAAGUAUCAGCUGUCGCUGCCCAGACCGCCUCCGCUGCUGCCCAGCAGGCAAACAAAACUGCCGCUGGCAAGGCAAGCGCUGCUGGGCAACUGGGCAAGCCUGCUGGGGCUGUGCCCUCUAAAGAUGCUGCCCCUGUUGUGGCUGAAGCCCCUGUUGGAAACUCAACCGGGGCUCGCCUGCAGCUCAAGAAGCAGGAGAGCGUAAGCAGCGAACAUAUGCCCUCUGAUGAGUCUGAGGGUCGUGCUGCCCUUACCAGCGCCCCUCUCAUCCACGGCUCUGAGUCUGCUGAUCAGUCGCUGCGGCUGCAGGGAAGCUACGAUACGGCGACGGGGGGCGACCGCACCCCUGGACACCCCGAGAGCUUCGAGACAGCGCCCGAGACGUCGGUCUUCGGGGACUCGGGCGAUAAGCAGAAACCUGAGUUUUAUCAGGACCUUUAUUAUGAUGCGGAGGGUAGACGUUAUGAUCAGAGCGAGUCCUUCUACGGCGACUUCUACUCAGACCCUCGCUUCUAUAACCACUUCUUGGGUCUAGAGCGGCUGGACGAAGACGAUGGAUCAUCAAGUAUCCACGAUACCGAGCACGGCUUCUCUAGAGUCCCGUCACAGUCGUCCGAGGAACAUCCGUACCGCCUGCCCGACGGCACGUACGGUCCUGAGUACGACAGCGGCAGCGAGGGUAGGGAGGCCAUCAACUCUCGCAUCGAGCCUUACCCUGGUGACCUGACCAAGAUAAUAGAUUUCAAGAUGCCGGUGCGCGUCGACUUGAGUCAGGCAAGCGAACCAAAGGUGCUGCCCGCUGACCUGCGCUCCCGUGACCUCGGCAGGGACAAGCCCGACCAGGUGAGCGGCGCGCCGAGCCCGCCGCCCGCCGCCGCUGUCGGGGCCGCGGGUGAGGCGGCGGACGCCAGCGCCGCCGGCGGACCUUCCGACACAACCGCCCCCGCCGCUCCCGACGCCCCGCCCGGCGCCCCCGCGGCUGCCCCCGGGGCGGCGCCCUCCGACGAGCGCCACGUGAGCUUCGAAGAGGACGCGCCGCCCGCGCUGCCGCCCUCCGUGCUCCUCAAGAAGGACAUCAAGUGCCCGACGGGGCCGCGGCAGCGAUGGUUCUGGGCUUGCGAUAAGGUCAUCAGCCAGAUACAUUUGUAG